CUGACAAAUAAGCGAAAGCUGCGAAACGUCUCAACGUCUACUGUCAAAUACUCAGCACCCUUUCUUCCUUUUUGGGUUUCGGCAUCCUCCUUUACUUUCCAGCCUACACCCCCUUCCAUUUUUCUUAAUCCUCCAAACAUCUGUGCUAGAGAUCGUUACUUGCCUCUCACUCUCUCUCUCUCUAGCUUACUCUGUGGUGCUCGGUGAUUGAUUGUGCAGGGUUUUGCUCAAUCGUGCUCCGUUUGGAUGUCUAGAAAUCUCUGGUACAUAGACCGAAGGGAAGGUUGUGGUCUGUAAUUUCAUUUUCUUGGCAGCCAAGCAGCGUUUUUCUGAGUUCUGGUAUUUGUUGAUAUUAAACUUGUAUUUGGGAGAUUAGAAUUGGGACCAUGGAUUUGGGUUUGUGUGGAUUUGGACAAAAUGCAGUGCGAAAUUGUAUCUAAUCAUCACAAGUCCAAAUUCAAGCGCAAAAUUUUAAAGAGAACGUUUUCUUCGGUGGCUGAAGUUGGUGUUGGGCCGCAAUGAAUGAAGAGAAGGAUGCUUUUUACGUUGUGUGGAAGGGGGAUAUUAUUGCUGUCUACAACAGUUUAAGCGAUUGCCUGGCUCAAGCUGGAUCUUCUGUACGCGAUUCAUCUUUAGCUGUAUAUAAAGGGUAUCGUUUGCCUAGAGAAUCUGAGGAAUACCUUGUCUCACAUGGGCUCAAGAAUGCUACUUAUUCUAUUAGCGUCAACAAUGUUAAAGAUAAUCUUUUUGGGGCACUUGUUCCUUGCCCUUUUCAGCAACUGGAUUCUUCACAGGGAAAAGUGCCUGUGCCUAACCAAGAUCCUCCUCGGAAGAGAUUGCGGGUGUUUGGGUCAGGAAAAGUUGAUUUGGUUGGGUCAUCUUCAACAAGCACUCCAGUAAACCAUGUGAAAUUAGGGACUUGCAUCGACACUCAAGCACCUCCUUCUAAUGGUUCCACCUGUAUUGUCGAGUUUGAUGGUGCUUCAAAAGGCAAUCCUGGCCCUGCUGGUGCAGGAGCUGUGCUGCGUGCUGGGGAUGGAAGUCUGGUAUAUCGGUUGCGUGAAGGUGUGGGCAUUGCAACUAAUAAUGUUGCUGAAUAUAGAGGCCUGCUUUUAGGGUUAAAGUGUGCUCUUAAGAAAGGAUUUCAACACAUUAACGUUCGUGGGGACUCCAACCUUGUCUGCAUGCAGGUUCAGGGAAUAUGGAAAACUAAGAAACAGAACAUGGCCAACUUGUGUAAGGAAGUGAAGGAGGUCAAGGAUAAAUUUUUAUCAUUCCAAAUCAGUCACAUUCUUAGGGAAUAUAAUUCUGAAGCGGAUGCUCAAGCAAAUCUAGCCAUAAACCUUAGGGAUGGUGAAAUUCAAGAGGAUUUUCACUUGAAGUAGCCCAAAUGCAUAAAAGGGUCAGCCAUUGACUUAUGAUGGUUCUUGACAGAACUUGGGUGCCAGCCAUAUGUAGCAUUGCUGUUAUUGGUUCCAAAAUCCUUCUGUCCUUUGGGAAGUGGAGUAUAUGGAACAUGUUAAGGUGAGAUUAAGAAGCGUUCAAGGGAAUACGCUUUUGUUCAAGGACGAUAUAAAGUAUGAUGCAUUCACAUCUUCAAGCUUCCUGUUUUGCGGUUGGCAUUGCUGGCUUGAGGAAUAUUCGCGGUCAAGAAUCGUCAACAUUUAGUUUAAGGGGGUGAGAAUGUUUUUAACUUGCUGAAGAAAAUGUGUAGGUCUGUAGAACUUAUUUUAUCAGUACUCUGGAAUUCAAUAUUAUGUUUACUGUGUCUUCCAAUGAAUCCAUGUUAUGACUAGCAAAGUCUAGUUGUGCAAUUAAAUCCACUCCUUGGGGCUUCAA